CUCCCUACACCUACACCUCUCUCUUAUACUAUAUAUAUGUGUGUGUGUGAAAAUAUUUUUUAAGGGUAUGACAAUUGAGACAAAGGGUUCAAAGACCUCUUCUUUCAACAACAUCAUUGAUCUUCUCUAGUUUAAGUAUUAUUUGCUCCUCUUUCUUUCCUUCUUUCUUUCAAACCGAACAAACAAAGUAGAACUAGAUUAGAUCACAAGAAGCAGAAGAACAAGAAGUCAUCAAGGAGAAGAAGAAGAAGAUUCUUUCUUUCAAACCAAACAAAUAUAGUAGAACUAGAUUAGAUCAGAAGAAGAAGAAGAAGAAGUCAUCAAAGAGAAGAAGUAGAAGUAAGCAAAGGCACCAAAUGGGUGGAAGGUUUAUUUAUCCUAUAACUCUAAUCUCCUGCUUGUUACUCCUAUUGGGUAUUUUCUUCUGUUCAGGUUUGAGUGUGACAAUAAAGGAAAAGAACAUUGGACACAUCAAAGAAAAAGACCAAGAAAAUAAAGGGCUGAAAUUCCCUGAAACCCUAAUUUCCACCACCCAAAGGGACAUCACUACUCCAAUAACAACAGUUCCUACAAUAACUACCACAAAUCCCACUUCAUCAACACCAAUUGUGAACCCUAAUUCAAAUCCAGCUGAUUCAACUGUCCCUGUCACAUCCUCCCCUAGCAUGACCCCAUUUCCUACAACAACAACAACACCAUCAUCACCUGCAUCCACUGGUUCAAGUUGGUGUGUUGCUAGCCAAGGUGCAUCACAAAUGGCAUUGCAAGUUGCUUUGGACUAUGCUUGUGGCCAUGGUGGCACUGAUUGCUCAGAAAUUCAGCCGGGACGAAGCUGUUACAACCCAAAUAGUGUCCGGGAUCAUGCUUCUUACGCAUUCAAUAACUAUUAUCAGAAGAAACCAGUUCCAAAUAGCUGCAACUUUGGUGGAACUGCUAUGAUCACUAGCACUGACCCAAGUACAGGGUCUUGUCAAUAUCCGUCUACUAGCACAAGUUCAUCAGUCUUGAACACAACAAAUACUAGUGGCUCAACUGUGUUUGGUGCGGUCCCGUCAGGCCCUACCACCUCAGCAGCAACAGUAGAUGCAAACACACCCAGCCUGCAAAAUAUUUUGUACAUUAUGGCAUGUUUGAUGGUGUUUUUACGGCCUAUUUUUAAGUUGAGAUGAAUCUUGUAAGGCCAUUUCCAACCGAUGGCUGGCCAGAGGGCUCGUUUUAGCCCUCUGGCCCUCCAAGAUUCUCUAAGAUAUUAAUAUUUUAAUGAACAGUACAGGGCCAUAUUUGCCUCCGUCUCC